AUGAUGCUCGACUCAAUUAACUAUGAAGGACUGCAGUGGGAGCGCGAUGGUGAUUGGUACUUUACCAACGGCAGUGAUCCAAUUCAAAUCCCCGAACCAGGCGACAAACUCGCCAUGGAAGCAAUCUUCCUAGAAAAUCUUUUGAACAUACGAGAGGUCGCAACGCAGAAACUUGGACACUCGCUCGAGAUUACUUCGAUGGUGUAUCCGCGGCAUUUGAAUGAUACUGCUCGUGACAUCUUCCAGAAAGUAGCAAUUGAGAAUGAACCUGGCAUUUCUAUUGCGCGACAGUUGGGCGAUUCAUACGACGGUGCUUUUCGUGCGUAUGACUUUCAUCUUGGGGAGACUGGCGGUCCGGUCCAUUUUGUCGAUUAUGAUGAUGAGUAUGUGGAUCAGGCUCUUGGGCAAAUCGUCAAAGAUCGUUCUACUGCUGGAGCUAAUGGGUGCAAUCUGCGUUUCCGGGGCAUGGGCAGAGUCGACGGUGCAUCGCGGAUCACAGAUGAAGACAUGGGGCGCGCUCAAAAGGUCAAGGAUAUUGGCGAAUCACUUGGGGCCACAGUAGAGGCAUUCGGAAAUAUGCCGGGUAUGACAGCGCUAAAAGGAUUGAUUCUUUCUGGGGAGGGUCCACGCUCGGAUUUCGAAUAUCUCCGCCAGGGGUUUAUCGCAGCUAUCCCUGAGGAUUCCAAAAAGAUUCGCGACUCCAUUGAUCCUGCAUUCGUCGGGGCUGUGGGUGCUGCAAAGUGGGCCAAGUUCCAGGUCGACCAUGCGGAAACCUUCUUCAAUGAGCCUGCUGAGCAUAACGAGUUGUAG